AUGCGAGCCCUAAUGACCAACAAGACUGCUCUCCUAUUGCCAGCGCAUCGUACGGGUUUCUUCCCCAUGGCGGCCGAGCCUCACGGCCGAUACCUUUUCGCGGGCGACGUAGAAGGUCGCCUGAAUCAGCUCUUCAAACGAGCCGCUGCGGUCAACAAGUCCAACGGUCCAUUCGACUGUCUUUUCUGCGUCGGCGCUUUCUUUCCGCCCGCCGAUCCCGCUACCGCUGGUGCAGGCGGAGCGGGCGGCCAAUCAGAGUUGGAGGAUUACAUCGCGGGACGCGCCAAGGCGCCACUUCCGACGUUCUUUAUUGGCGACAUUGGAGUUGGCGCGCAGCGGCUGCUGGAGAUAGCUGAGCGGAGCGGCGGGGGGGCAGCGACGCGGAAAGAAGGGGAGGCAGGGGAGGAGAAGGAAAAAGCAGAAGGGGAGGAAGGUCAGAAGGAAGUAGAAGAGGGGGGGAAAGGGGAAGGGGAGGAGAAAGCGGAGGGGGAGGAGAAAGGGGAGGGGGAGGAGAUAAGGGAGGGGGGUGGAAGCAAAGCGGAUGAUGAAGCAGGGGAAGGGGAGGAAGGCAAGGGAGAGGCCGGGGCGGGCGGGCAAGGGGACGAGUCAGGGGGGGGUGAGAAAGAGGAGGACGAGGAGGUGGGGGAGGGGGAGUGGCGGUCGCACAGGCGUGUGAAGAUAUGUGACAAUAUCGAAUGGCUGCGCGGAGCAGGCAUUGCUGACCUGUGCGGCCUCAAGGUGGCCUAUCUGGGCGGCAGAUAUGAUCCCGCCACGUACCUCUCGGGGCAGGCGGGCGGCGAGGGGGCGGCAGUAGGGCGGCAGGAGCGGGUGGCAGUGGAGGCGCUGGUGGAUGCGGGGGCGGACGGGGCGGCAAUUGACGUGCUGCUGACCAACGAGUGGCCCAAGGGGGUCGCUGCCCUCACCCACCCCUCCCCGCUGCCCUCGCCUCCACCCGCCACGUCAGCACCGGCACAUGCCAAUGUGGACUGGGCGGGUGUGGGGUCGCCUGUUGCUGCCACGCUGGCCAAGGAGCUCAUGCCCCGCUACCACGUGGCCGGUAGCGCGGGUGUCUUCUUUGCCCGCCCACCCUACGUCAACUCCUCCGCCACGUCAGCAGAAGACGCCUCCACGUCAGCAUCGGGCGCCGUGACGCGGUUCAUAGGGGGCGCAGGGGGCUCAACAGGGGGAGCUGGGGGGGCAGCAGGGGGAGCAGCGCCCCCUGCCCCGGCGCCGUGCUGGUUCUGCCUGGCGUCCCCUAAAGUGGAGACCCAUCUGGUGGUGUCGGUGGGCGAGCACUGCUAUGUCGCCCUACCCAAGGGCCCUCUCGUGCCGGGCCACGUGCUCAUCCUCCCUAUAGAGCACUUCCCUAGUGUCAUCUCGCUGCCAUCCGACGCGCUGGCGGAGAUGUGGCGCUACAUGGGCGCGCUGAGGCGGUGCUUUGAAGCGCAGGGGCGGACGGUGGUGGCGUUUGAGCGGUUCCUGCAGCUCAGAGCCGCCACCCACGCACAUGUCAAUGUGGUGCCCAUCCCCCAGGACAAGGCGGACCAGGUGCUUCCUGCCUUCACUGCCGCUGCUGCCUCCCACAACUUCCAGUUUGCCACCGUGCCAAAACCACCUGAGGGGCAGCACAUGGCGGUGGUGGACGAGGUGAAGAAGCACAGCCGCGGAGGGCAGUACCUCACAGUGGAGCUGCCCGAUGGGUCGCUGCUCGUGCAUGCCAUCGACCGCGGCGCCAAGCUGCCCAUGCAGCUGGGAAGGGAGGUGGUGGCGGGGAUGGUGGGGGUGCCGGAGAGGGGCGACUGGAGGGCGUGCAAGGAGACGGCAGAGGAGGAGGCAGCCAUGGCUGAUGCCUUCAAGAAGCAGUUCCAGCCGUUUGACAUCAUGGGGUGA